AUGCCUCUCGUUAAUGGCACGUCGGUCGCCGCCGUCCUCCUGCUCCUCUACCUAUCCUCCUUCAUCCUGCUUGCGAUUCUGCGCAUUGCGACUGGCAUAUCAAUUCAGCGCAUUGGCUACUUCAGUCUGCGACACAUAUCCUACGCUCCAAGAGAGGGACUGAGAAUAGAUUUGCGAGGUGUAGGACUGAGUUUGCGCAGACCUACCUUCGCGCAGCCGACAUGGAUCAGUAUUGUGUUCGAAGAACUGAAGAUCACCGUCGAUCCGACCGCCCUAGAAAACAACUCUGCCAAAACAGACUCGCAGGACAAGGUCAAGGGGAAAUCGGAUGAAGACGCAGAUUUACGGCGGCAAGGUGGACGUCAUGCUGGUGGAAAAAGCCAGCUUUGGAAGAGGUUGACCAACAUCAAAGAACAGGUCAAACGCCUGCACCGCAAAAUCCACCUGUUACGGAUGUUCGAUGUCAGUGCCUAUAACACUUCUGCGGAAAUUGUUGGCGUGGGCUAUGUGCAAAUUUCCACCUUAACAGCGGCUGUGUACACCAGACGGAAACUCCUUGAUCGUGGACGACUCUUCCGACACAAGAAGGACCCUUUGGGAGAUCAGAAACCGGCGGAAUGGGUUUUCACGGUCAAAAGCGUCCAGAUGGGCGUUGGCGGCCGUGACCCCAUCGAAAUACUCGACGCAAUGGCAAUCAACGUGCAUGGCCUGCUUUACAAGGACCGUGAUGGCCUCCGGGACACCUCAAUCGCGAUCAAAGGUGGGCGUGUCUACGUACCGGUCGAUGAGCUCAUCCACUUCUCCCGCAAGGGGAGAAAAGCGGCAAGACCCGAUGAACAGUACGAUGUCCUGAGUCCGGUUGAUGAGAUUUCCUUUGAGGAUUUGGCUGAAGAAUUGGGCAACCCCGGGAGUCGUGAGGCAGCUAUAGUCCAAACCGUGGCGGACUCUAAAGAGUUCCUGCGGUCUGUCCUUCAGAGUGUCCAGGAAAUCCAGGUAGGCUUGAGCUUUGUGCGCAUUUCGAAAGAAAUUGUGUCCCUCAGGCAAGCCAAUCUUCCCUUGGUCGCCAACGUUGUCAUUCACGAAAUUGGCAUCGACCUGCAUAGGCUGGAGCAAAACUCGCCUGCCCAUCGUAUGUACUUCCAGAGGGAAGACACUGCCCACCAAGCCUUGCUUGCUGCUCUGUCGAUUUCUGUGAGCCUAGAUGAGGACGAUUCUCGCCCGAACAGGAUCAUGUACAUACCUAUGGCCACAAUCACCAUCAGGACGACUCUGCCGGCCAAGACUAUGAGUUUCUCACAAGACCGGGGCGUCGCCGAAAGAAACACAAAUAUCCUGUUCGCCAACCUUGUCGUCACUUCACCAUCGCUCGAUUUGGCACCACAGCACCUAAUAAAACUGUUGGCCCUCUCUCAGGGAACCCGUGAGUCUCGAGCCCGAGCAUCCUCUCGAGAUCAUCACCGUCUCAUCUCAAGAUUGCUUCCCAAAGCGAGCAUCAAGUUCUCAAUCCACGAACCCGUACUUAGAUUUGUGUUACCCGUUGCAAAUCCUGCUCACGCUGGUCCAGGCGAGUACGACAUGAUCAUCUCCUCCAUCUCUUCCAUCUCCCUGGACGUCGAAUCCUCUCACUCGGCUGGAGGAGAGUUGCUGUACUCUCUUGGGUCGAGCUUCCGCGUUUUGUCACACAGACUAUAUUAUCAAGCUUCUACUGGCACAACACACAACUUGAUCCUGAAUGAAGCCUUGGAACUCAAAGUUCAACUCACCGCAUCGACAACUGUUUCUGUCAUCCUCCAGGGGAGUUUGCGGACUUUCUCCAUCCUCAUGGUGCGAGAAGAAGUAAGCAAAGCAAUCUAUAAUAUAGUGAGGCACUUUAAGCACCGUUCUCCCGAGGAGGCAGCUGUUGUUCCAAAGUCUCCUUCGGGUGCCUUCUUACGGAAACUCCCUGCGUGGCUCAUUGAGGCAAGCUUUGAAGGUUCUGGUUGUAGCCUUGAGGUUGCGGGUAUCGACCCCAGCGUCUCCGGCCAAACACGAGGUGCCGCCUUUGAGCUUGAGUCCUGGUCAGCCCAUUACACAUCUGCAAAGUCAGAGUCAGGACGAAAAACAAAAGGACGGAAAGUCAGUACCUCAGUCCGCUACGACGAAACAUUUUCGUCGGGCAAAGGCGUGUCGCCGUCCACCUCACAUCAGAAGCAUCAUCCCAGUGAUCCCACGGAUGGAAGACGACUCGCAUGCCACGUCAAGGGUUUCGACGGCUUCAUCAUUGAGUCUCUCGAUAGGUGGGAACCGACGCCAUUCAUGUCCAUUCCAAGAUUUGAAACUGCUUUCAGCACAUCGAGGGAUCAGCAAGGACCAAUGUUCCACAUCCACUCCUCCAUUCGUGCGUUUUACUUGGACUUCUCGCUUUACAGAUUCUACUCGAUAGGUGUAGCAGGCUUUGUCGUGAAAGAGGCAUUUGUGGGACCAGUCCCGAUCAAACGAGAUGCAGAACAUCAUCCAAAAACAGCAGAUCACCACACCGUCCAUGGGCAUCUGCCAGUACCUUUGGACGCUGAACUUUUUGCCAUCGACGUGAAGGCGCACUACGUGCAAGUCAAAGCCGAUAUGCCACAUGACCCUCCAAUGAUGCUCCAGAUCUACCAAGUCUCGGGCGGCAGACACAGAUGGUCUGCUCCUUUCAUGAAAGCCGACUUGGUCCGUUUACAUGCGGAAGCGCCGCACCUCAAACGGAUAUGGGCACGUAUUGUUAGCAUUAGCAAUGUUAGGGUCGACUUACGCCACAGCAAGAAGAAGACGCAGCACGGCAUGAUCGAAGAAAAAACCAUUGACAUCUCGACCGACUUUAUUCGUUUGGGAGUACCGCAUGGAUUGCAAAUGUACAGAGUCUUUGACAACUUCAUCAACACCUCGAAGGCCAUCCAACAGCUGCAACACCGGUUCCAGACACGGUCUAACGAAUAUGUGCUGGCGAAGCACCCCGUACCUCCAGCUAAGGUUCCUCGAAUCUCGGUUCGGUCCAAAGCCCUUUGUUUCGAGUUGGAAGACGACCCGUUCGAAUGGAAGCUCGGUCUGAUCUAUCACGUUGGGCGCAUAGAGCAAAAGCAACGCCUUGCUCGGGAAGAUGCCUUCCGCCUGAAGGUCAAGCGAAUGACUGACGAGAGGCGGCCUCGAUCGUCAUCCCGGUUACGAACGCAAUCAGCUCAUUCGAGUCGCCGUGGCUCUCCCAAUGCUGCUGGCGACGAUGAUCACCAUCGACGCUCCCGAAGUGUCGAUAAUACUCCGCGGAAACGAUCUACCUCCAGGGGAAGGCGUGGCAGAGCAUCACACCGAUUCCGGUACGAUCGCGAGGGUGUUUGCGCAUUGACCAGUCAUGCCAAGAUAGAUGCGAGGGAGGCAUGGGAAAAACUUCAGGAGCACAAUUCCCGGAGCUGGAAAAGACGGAUCGACUGGAUGCUUCGUCUUCAGAACAACACCGUAAAAAGUGUGCGACAGCUGUUCAUGGGCGCAGACGAGCCUCCUCACGACGACCAUGAGACCGAGACGAUUCUUGGUAUUCCCAACCGCCCUGGUCUAAUGACCUUGAUCAUCAGCGACAUCCAUCUUAUCAUCGACAAACCUUCUUUCCCGGAGGCGGACCUCCCCAAAUUUCUCCAUGAAAUUGGCAAAGGCAUGCCAUACGACAUGAAGUAUGGCUUGCUCAUUCCCACAAGCCUCAGUCUUGAUAUGGGGGAAGCUCGUGUUUUCCUUCGAGAUUAUCCCCUGAACCUUCUUCAUAUCCCUGCCAUACGUCCGGGACAACCUGCUCGCUUGCCAAGUUGGUCUCUCCGAACAGACUUUGUCAUUGCGGAAGAAUUUCGAGAUGAGAAAUCCAUCAAGCAUGUUAAAGUCGAAAUCGUACCAAAGGGGCAGCAUGGGACACACGGAGAAGAGAUUCCUGCCUUUGCUAUUGAUGUCAGGAGGACUGUCGCACCUGUCAAGACGUAUUCCAAGCCUGUCAUCGAUAUCAACACUAGCCUGCCAACCACCAUUUCCUGGGGUACAUCAUACCAACCCGUGAUACAAGAUAUGAUGAUGAUCGUCGAGAGCUUCACCAAACCGGAAAUAGACCCUUCCGAAAGGGUCGGCUUCUGGGACAAGAUACGGCUGAGCUUCCAUUCGCGGCUUGUUGUGAAUUGGAAAGGGGACGGAGACGUGCAGCUCCGACUCAAGGGCACGAGAGACCCGUAUAUUGUUACUGGAUAUGGUGCUGGCUUUGUCAUGUGCUGGCGGAACGAUGUACAAUGGUUGAUACACCAGGUCGAUGACCCUCGGGAGCUCAUGACUGUGAAAAGUGGUGAAUUCAUAUUGGCCAUCCCAGACUUUAGCCACGAAGCCCGCAAUACACCGGAGCAGAGAGCAAGCAACGAUUCAGACAGCGUGUCUACAAGCAGUUCUACGAAGAAUAGCGCCAUCUUCAAAAAGGUCAUCAUGAAAUUGUCGGGAAAUGUUCAAUGGACGGCGGGCCUCGUCUUUGAACGGGAUCUGCCAGACGGGAACCGCACAUCAGAAUCGAGACAUCACUACGAUGUAGUGUUGCGGAACCCACUCUUCCUCCACGAUGUCGAUUUGGACUCCUAUGAUGCCUUCCGUGGCUUCCGCAGUCAUCAUGUUCACCUCUCCCUGGCUGUUGCGGCACCUUAUGAUAAAAACUGGGUGGGUGCGGACUCGGCGCCCUCAGAAAGCUACAACAGUGUCCAUCUCAGUCCGAAGUUCUUUUCUCAUUUCUUUAGUUGGUGGUCGACUUUCUCGGGUGUAAUGUCCCUACCAGUCCGACAAGGUACCCUCUGGAGAGAUCAAGGAAAGACCAGCAAGAAGUUCGGACGGCACCUUGCGACGAUCAAAUACAACCUGCUGCUAUCACCGCUCUUCAUCUCACACGUCUACAAACACAAGGAUGCGGAAGAUUAUCAAGCCGAUGUCGUCUCUGCAACUGGCUUAAAAAUCAAGAUUGACAGCUUCAUGCUCGAUCUGCAUCAACGCCGUGAGUAUUUUAAUACCAUGGCAAAAGUGCGAGCAAAACAGAUGAGGACCAGCGGCAUGAAGAUCUAUAAAACCGAACUUGACUUCGUACGCGCCGAUUUGAGAGCUGUCGCCGCACUCAUCGCAGGGACGACGGCAGAGGACAUUCAAAACGCAAGUGAUGAAACGCUGUCUUCACUACAAGAAGUGCCUGCGAACAUUGAUUUAUCUCAAUUCACCAUCCCAGAUCAAGACCUGUCGUGGAUAGAUAUGGAUGACUUUGUGGAAUUGGACUGGGUGUUACCCGCAGAGUCGAAUCCGGAAACCAAGAUUUUGCCAUUGGCUUUCACGCCGCGUUUCACCUACUUUCGACAGACCGAUCAUGGGGGCGCCAUACAGGGAGACGAGUCCCGCACGAGUCCAUUUGGCGAUGAAGACACCCACUUCUGCGUCAUGGGUCGUGACAAUGACCCGAGAAAGGUCCAGAUGAACCUGAUUGAGACUAGACUGCAUGAUCUCGAAGACAGACUUCAAACACACGUGCGCAUUAUGAACGAGCACGAACUUCUCGUAGUUAGAGAAGGAGACCAGGAUCGAGCAGUCCGAGACAAACAUGAGCUUCUCAUCGCCCAACAGAAGGAGUUGGAAAGCAAACGACGAUUCUUACAACAUGGUCUCCGACGUCUGGUCGGCCAUGCAAACCCAGGCGAGGCUCAGCAUGUCGACAAUAUCCCCCACGCCAAUGGAGACGUCAAUAAAUCUACGCCUGAGCUGGAAGGACAGACACCUGGAACUCCUCAAAUGGAUAUGGAUGGAUUGUACUCGGCCCCUCACGACGAGUUCGCGAGUGACUUCAACAACCGCUUCAUCAUCCAUAAUGUUCAGCUCAAAUGGAACAAUUCCUUGAGAAACAUCAUCCUCCGAUAUAGCCAUCAGGUCAGCCAACGCCGAGGUUUUGUAUACUACAUGUCACGACGUGCCGUUAAAUUCAUACUCGAUAUUGUUGAUGAGCAAGCGAAGGCAAAGGAAGUGCGCCGUAGACAAGAGAGGAAGAACCAACCGCCAGUGCCGCCAACGCCGAGUAUCAUUUCCCCGAGCGAGGAGAAAGACGAAGAUUCUGUCGUAGAAGAUAGGAUCAAGCAGCUCCUGAAUGAUGUGAAACGGUUCGUCCAAGUCCAUGAAGGAGAUGGAGAUGAAGACCCAAAACCAUCCGGGACUGAUAAUGACGAUAUCGAGCGGAGACCUUCCACUGCUGAUCUUGGUGACAAGAUUGCAGAAAACUUCCAGGCGAUGAACAGCUAUCACCUACGUUUGAUCGCUCCUCAGAUACAGCUUCAGAGUGAGAAGAACACGAAAGCUAUCGUUCUCAUAUCUGCAAAGGGGAUGCAACUGAAAGUUGUCUCCAUCAUGGAUAAGUCUCGCAUGUCGGACGACGUCAGUGGCCUUGUACAGCGUCGCUUCGCACUUGAUAUGGACGGAGCACAAUUCUUUGUGGCGACGCAAAAGACAUUGGCCAGAUAUCUCCAUCUCUACUCGGGUAACAGAUACGGCAACACUCCAGGGUCGUCGUGGCCACCCUGGGUCUCCCUCGAGGCGAUGUUCGAUUUCCAUCUAGAACCUUUCGGUUUCCAAAGGGUGAUUCAGAAGACUUCUGCAAGCCUCCGAUACGAAAAGUACAAUCCCCUUCGACUGAAAUACAACGAGGAGGUGGAGAGCAACGAAAACGGAGAGCCCAAUGCUGCAGCACGCAGAGAACACCGGAUUGACCAGCUCUGGGUCGACUUCCCUCGAGUCCGUGCUCGGUGCGAUUCCACUCAAUACUACGCAGUUUACAUUAUCGUCCUAGACCUGUUGCUGUACAGUGAACCGCUGGAGAAGACAAGAAGCGAACGGUUAGAGAAGAUCAUGCUCGCGUCCGACUUCAGUGAUCUGCGAGGAGCCCCCGAAAUGGCCGAAAGCCUCCAAGAACGCAUCCGACAGCUCGAAGACAUCAAACUUCAUUUCCAGAUACAUGCCAAGUAUCUCGACAAGCAAGGUUGGCAAGAUCGGAUCAAUCUUGAAAAGGACCUUGCUAGUUGCGAGGAUGAAUUGUUCUUCAUUAUGAAAGCCAUCAACACGUCUCAACAAAAGAGCGAGGACCGGAAAGCUUCUCAAUCGAGCGGUCUCUUACGAUGGUAUCUCAGCGCCUCGGAAAUUGUGUGGCACCUCAUGCGGGAUAAAGACGAACCGCUCCUAGAGUUUCAACUAGGCAAUGCUGCGUAUGAGCGAGUCGACAACACUGACGGGUCCAAUCACAAUGCCUUGGAAGUCGAACACAUCAGAGGCUGGAAUCUCCUGCCCAACGCGCUGUACCCGGAAAUCAUCGGACCGUAUUACGAAGCAUCAGACAGAGACAGACGACCUAGCAUGGCAGGGGUUCAGAAAAUGGUCCAGGUACACUGGUACAUGCUCGAAGCCAUUGCCGGCAUUCCCGUCUUGGAACACUUUGAGGUCACCGUGUUCCCACUCAAAGUGCAGCUUGAACGUGAACUUGGCAAGAAGCUCUUUGAGUACAUUUUCCCUGGCGUGGGAUCGAAUGCUUUUGAGAAUGGCAACUUUUCUCCGCUCAUGGUUAAGAACAUGGAACCCACGGACGACGGAGACGAUCAAGAAUUCGUGGAAGCGCACAGUGCGUUGAUGUCGGAGCAAGAUCUUCAAAGCCCCAGUCCAGACAAGACUCGCAAUACUUCACCUGGUGCUGUGGCACGAAGGCUGAAGCCCACCUAUGGUCUUGAUUAUGACGAGAAGCACAAGGAUUCGACCUCUUCCUUGCAUGGCAAAAACAGAGGGCUCGGUCUCACGGCGGAUCACCACAAAUUCUUCAAGCAUUUCAACAAGUCUGAGACUCGGUCCGUGUUCAAGGAACCCACACGCAAAGGAUCCUCGACUAGUCUAAGAUCAGCAAAGAAACAUGAUAUGUCAUCCACAAGUCUCGUCGCCCUUGGCGCCAGCGAGGGAGGAACAGAGAAAAAACGCUUCCCUAUACACCGGACAGGCAGCAAGGACCGCGGUGCCACAGGAAAGAAAGACAAAAAGGACAAGACCGCCACGGCCAACGACGACCUCUCCCAAAUGAUGUCUCGUGCUUCCAAUUACAUGACGCUAGCUCAUGUCAAACUCAACAGCUUCGUCGUCUGCCUCUCGUACAAAGGCAAAUCUGAUCGUAACUUUGAGGAUCUCCACGACUUUGUGUUCCGUAUGCCAACGCUUGAAUAUCGCAACAAGACGUGGUCGAACUUGGACCUGGCGCUCAGGUUGAAGAAGGACGUGAUCAGGGCAUUGAUCAGCCACACCGGAGCGAUUAUUGGAAACAAGUUCUCACAUCACAGACCCAAUAAAAAGCAGGUCGAACGACUCAAGGAAAUCGCGCAUUCGAGCACCAUUCCCAGCUCGGACGUCACCCUACAACUUUCAGGGACGUCAGAUACGACAAGCUUGUAUAGUUUUUCGCAGGACGGGAGGGACGAUGACUUCGAGUCCUCAGGUAUAUCAUUCCAGUCACCACCCGGAACAAAUGGGCAUCCCAAAGGAGGCGCUUUCCACGGGCCCAGCCCCCUCCUUCGAAGUGGCUCGUGGUCCUCGAGUAUCAACCUACCGGCUAUCGCGGCCACUGGUGCUGGGACCCUCGCCUCAGCUGCGCCACGUUCAAUUCCUGGCUCUGCCGGCGCAGGUAUUAGUGGAAAUGGAACCGCCAGUAAUACCACAUCAUUUUUCUCACGACCACGAUCUGCACAUCCGAGCUCUGCAACAAGCUCCAACCCGAAUCUCAACAGCUCCAACAAUUCGCCUUCGUCUCCACAGGCUCCAGGCAGAAGUCUACUGAAGGACACAAUUGGGAGGCAUUUCUCUGGAGACACCGUCAAGGGGAGAGUGCACUUUAGUGGACUUUCACUGAUCAAGAGUGAGAGCCAUUCGCACCGGGAGAGAAGUGACAGCCACGGCAGCCAUACACCUAGCACAAAGGAGAGGGAAAGAGAUAACAGUGGAAACGAUGAAGGAUCUCCAGGAAGUGUCGUCGGGGGCGCCAAUGGAGGUAUCGCCCCGUUGGGCACAGACAGUGACGCCGAGACCAAUAAAAGAAAGAGUGUGUUGAUGCUGGGCAAGAAGGUGUUGAACCGGUUGAGUUAG